AUGUUCAUUACUAAGAGUUGAGAAGAAAACCAAUAAUUAUAUUAUUAUGAUUUUGAUCAUCUAAAAAUGACUAAGAUUCUAGAGCAUUGAGGGUGUAUUAAAUUAUAAUUAUAAGAAUCUAUUGAAGUAUCUUGGAAAUAUAUAUUUAUAUUAGAUUUGAAAUAGUGGAUUUUCAAAAAUUUAUUAUUUGACUAAUAAUAAAAUGUAUUUUACAUAUCAAUAUAAGUCUGGUUUCAUUGAAGAAUACAGAGCAAAAACAAGCUAUUUUUCACCAGCAUCUGUCUUUGUUCUGGUAAUUGAAAGGCUAUUCAAUUGA